AUGUAUAAUUCAUUUUGCGAUGAAAUUAGUAAAAGACCUUCUAUUUGGGUUGAAAGAACAACAAUUACUAAGAGUGCAACAGCAGCAGCAGGUAGUGGAGAUUUACAUGCAUAUAGAAGAUUUAAAAGGGCUGAAACUUUAAGGUAAAGAGAAGAAGAAGAAAUCAAUUAUGAAGUAUAUAAAAAAAUUAAUUAUUAUAGAGAUUAGAACAUGAAGAAUUUCAAUAAACAAGAGAAGAGAAAUUUAUGCAAAGUCAAGAAAUUACAAAUAAGAAACAUAAUAAAAGAGUUUAAGAAAAAUUAAAAUUGAAAAUGAAAAAAGAAUUAAAAAAAAUAGAAAGAGAAGCAUUAUAAUUAAAUAAAUUUGAGAAUGAUGGAUCCUUUCUUGAAAAAUUUUUAUAAUAAUAACAAUAAAAUAAAUAAUAAUAAAACUAAGAAAAUUAGGAAUAAAAAGAAGAAGAAUGCGUAAAAAAGGAUGAAGAAAAAAAAGUACAAUAAUCAUAAAAUUCUGAUGAUGAAUGA